AUUCGCAAGCCGAACCGAAUGCUGCGAAGAGUCUUCAUGUCAGACCCGGUCCGCCACUUUCUUUCCGGAAGCAAAGCUGAAAGCAAGCAAGAGUCUGUCGUCUCCUCGUUUCCAAGUCUUCCUGCUUGACAUCGCUUCGACACCGUCCAUGGAAGAAUCGCCAUCUUCUUCUUCUUUUUCCUUCUCGACGACCCCGCUGCAUCCUCUUUCGUACUGGGAUUGUCUCCAACUGUUUCUUCUCCGUCCGGCUCUCGCCAUCUCCUUCGUCUUCUCCUUCAUUCUUCUCGGAUGGGUUUUGGCGUGGAAGCUAGUUCUGGUUCACGUCCCUCUGGUUCAGGAGAUCUUCGGCCUCCGGAAGAAGACCGUCAAGCCGAAACCUCCGACCCGCCAUCGGCUUUCGAAGUUCUACAGUAGCAUGGAUCGAGAUCCCCAACGAUCCGACUCUAAAAAGCCGAAUUGAGAUCGUUUAUCCAGAUUGAGCAACUCUCGGAUGAGGGAGGAAAUCAAGAAUCUUGGGUCACCGUAUUUGACAAGGAUGAGGAACCUCAGAAUUGUCUGCCGGAGGCAUGCUGAUAUUCCACACCAAUCUCUGAUGGUGUCAAUAGGUCAGAAUGGUUGAAGAUCAUCCGGUUUGUAGAUUACCAAUCUUGAUACAUCGGAGGUGUGAUUAUUCGAUCUGUGCAUAUUUCAGUUCCAUCUCAUCAGUGUAAAUAUUCAUUCAGUGCAUAUUCUGUUCCGUCUCUUUGUCCAGUCCAAAUUACACGGAGUUUAUGCUUGCCUUGCUACAAUUUGACUGAUACCGUCCGAACCAUAUAUGCUCAUAUUUUACUAUUUCAGUUUGAUUA